AUGAAUCAUUGCAACCUUCAGCAGAACGCCUUCAUGUCUCGCGAGGAGAUGAUGGGAUUUGACCGGAAGGAUCUUGUCGUUUGUCCUAAGCCCCGACGUGUUGGCUUACUCGCCAACAGCGUCAUUCGCCCUCUCAGAUUACAUAUGAGUCAAGCUGCAGCUGAUUUGUGUGAUUCUAAAGCUGGUGCUGAGCUUUUGGAUAUAAUUCGUAGAAAGGAGGAUAAUGGAACAAUAGGGCAAUUACUAUCAUCAUCUGUAUCUUCAUCACCACCAUAUUUUCCCGGUUCACCUCCGAGCAGAGCAGCGAACCCAUUAGCCCAAGAUGCUCGCUUUAGAGAUGAGAAACUCAAUCCAGUCUCACCAAACUCUCCUUUCCUUCAGCCCAAUUCAUCAACCGGUUUUCCAUCUCCAUCCCCGUCGUCAUCAUCAUCAUCGUCAGCUCGUGGUUGCGUUCGAAUGAAGUUUGGACUCAAACCACCUGCAGUUAGAGUAGAAGGGUUCGAUUGCUUGAACCGUGAUCGCCAAAACUCGAGCAUCCCUGCCAUGGCUUAG